AUGGCCCUGGGGGCCUCUAAAAAAGUUAUAAUGUUGUCUGCUAGCGCUUCUCAGCCCUCAAAGCCAAGCUGGUUAAGGAGCUUUGAAACUACUUUCAUGGAAUCUGUGGUUUUUUUCGGACGCACUGGUGAGGGAAAAUCUUCUCUUGCUAACAUGAUGAUUCAGGGAGAUAUUUUUGAUGAUUAUAACAUAUUUCCAAUAAGCAAUAAUGCAGUUGGGGAGACUUCUGUUAUAGCUUCUUCCAGUAAUGAAAAAUUUCAUGUAUACGAUACGAUAGGAUUAUGUGAAUCAUCUAAAGGGAACAGAUUCACAAAUGAAGACAGAAACACCUUUGAGGAAUUUAAAAAGAUCUUUAAUGGAGGAGAAAGCAACUUCGUUAUCAUUAUCACCGAUAGUAAUCAGGAGUGGGUUAAUAAAAAUGUAGAUGCAAUACGUGAAAAUUUUGGAAAUCAUAAGAUCAUUGUAGUCGAUUUUCCCUUUAAUAAUCGUUAUAAUGAUGCUGUGAUAGAUGAGAAUCAACGAAAAAUAAGGAUGGAAAAUCGGGAUUAUUUGAUACAAUCUUUAUCAGGUCUAAGUUAUAAAGGUGUUACGUUAGAAAUUCUUAAUCCUUCAGAGUAUAUUGAAGCUAAAGUAGCAGAGUUUGUUAGCUUUGUGCUGGUCGUCGGUGCAACUUAUAAUCUGAUCUCUGCUAGUGUAUAUUAUUUAAUAUUAGACAGACCAGAAAUUGCAGCAAGAAGACUCAAAGAAGGAAUCAAUAUAGGAAUUGAAGAUUUUAAAGCUCUUGCGGGUAAUUUCUCUGUGGUACCAUCUCGAUUUUGGGGAAGAUUGUUAAAAUAA